UAACAAGAGAUAUCCAGCUUCUUUUAGGACUCAGCUCUGAGUCCUCCAUAUUUUUGGAUGCCUCUUCCUGCUGCAUUCAGUCUUGUGAGGGGAGAGAAGUCUGCACUCUGGGAGCCUAUGGCCUAGUCCAAGAAAAUGACUCUCCGUGAUUCUUGCUUGUCAAAAAGAACUAGAGUGAAGGAAGAGAGCUGGAAAGGAGAUAAAAAUUAUACAAACUAGAAGCCUGAUACUAAUAGUUUUCAGUGGACAUCAGGAAUUGCAGUUCAUGACUCGAGAGGUCCUGUGACAUCAAUUCCCCUACAAGGUUAUCCAGCUCCGUCUGCAAUGUGAUACCCCAGCCUGCACCACAUUAUGAUGACACAGCUACCAGAGGUCUCAUGGAAGUAUAGAACAGGCCCUGGAAGGGUCCAUUUGUAAGAUUGGAAAUAUCUGCUAUAUCAAGUCAUCCGUCCGGAUGUGGAGGUCUUUUGAGAGAGAGGAUAUUCAGCAUUGAUAAACGGAUUUGCAUGGGGUAAAAACAGAGCCAAAAAUAAACUUCUGAAAUUGAAUCUCAGCACUUGAAUGAUGUCUCCUCAGCUGUAUACACAUGCUUUCAAUAUCUCUCCAGUAGAGAAUAGGAGAUUGUGUAUAAAUGGAACACCAUGGAUUUGGCAUCUCUUGGAAGAAUGUGUAGAAAAUGCGUGGGAGUACUGGAGCGUUGUCAUAGGACUGAUUUCCAUUGUCUGUUUUCUGUUUGCUGCACUACCUCAACUUUAUGUUGCUUAUCAGAAUGGAAAAGUGGACCAAGCACUCUCUCUGGGCUUUUUGCUGUGUUGGAUUGGUGGGGACCUUACAAAUUUCAUAGGCUGUUAUUUAACAAAUCAACUACCAGUUCAGAUUGUCACUGCCAUCUUUUAUGUUAACAUGGACAUAAUUGUGAUCUCACAGUUUGCCUACUAUAAGCUCAAGAAUCAGAAGAUGACAAAAUGUAUGAGUUUUCAGAGGGGUCUAAAUGGAGGCAGCAUAAACCUGAAGAAUUUCUGUGUAACCUGGGUCCUGAUGUGUAUAACAUUGUGUGUAAUUUUACCCAGUCAGCUACUGCUACGACACCAAGACCAGAGUACUGUGCUGGAAGCUAGCAAGAACACUCUUGGUAUGAUUGAAAUGUCAGGCUUCAUUUGUGGCUAUGUAUCUUGCAUGUUUUACUUGGGAUCUAGAUUUCCCCAGCUGUAUAAAAAUUUCCAAAGAAGAUCCACGGAAGGCACAUCUUACCUGCUGUUUGCAUUAGUCAUGAUGGGAAACUGUACUUAUGGACUAAGCCUUGUUUUAAAGAUGCCUGCAGCUGAAUCUCUCAGAAACCUUUACUUUUUACACCAUCUUCCAUGGCUCAUUGGGAGCUUUGGAGUUCUGUUUCUAGAUAUUUUUAUGACUGCACAAUUUAUUAUGUAUCGCAAACAGAACAAGAGGAGACCCAGUUUAGUGGCAUUGGAAGUGGAACCAUUACUUGUGAAUGAAGAGGAUUCAUAACGUUUCUGUCUCUAUAUACGGUUAUUUUUUCAAUAAAGUUUACAUUUGGAGAACUUGAAGAUUUUUCACAGAGUAAAGAUUAAAAUUGCAUAGGGACCAAGCUUAUUGUCAGUGGCUUGUUCUUGUAAUAUUGUGAAGAUACUACAAAAGAAAAUAUUAUUUAAUGUCUACUGUACAGUGGGUGCUAAGAUGGCACAUGUAAUCAACACAUUUUCUUCUGAAUUAUCCCAUUUUAGUCUUUUGUCUCCUGCAAUGUGUUGUGUUCUACAGUGAGGAGUGCUCUAGAAAUACCUAGAAUAUAUGAUCUCAUGGUAUAUUCCAUAUUGUAAAGUAACUCAGAAGAGUGCUGGAUAAUACUAUUGUAAUUCAAUGCAGAUAUUUCUCAACCUAGCAAGCUGUUGCAGCAAAAGGUAGUAUAACUAAACUGUAAAUGCUAAGGUCAUGUGAACAUUUUUAAUCCUGCCACCAUAUGUAAACAGCAGGUCUAUAUUUUGAAGAUACACAUAUAUAGCUCAUUAAUGAUAACAUGGAACUAUAAAGUCACCAGCUGAAAUUCACCCACGUGCCACAAGUCCUUUCAAGGCAUACAUAUCACUUAAGGUUUUUUAAGCCUUUAGAAUAGGGUCAUGCAUAGGCCUUGUGUGGGCUCUCCAUACAGGGCUGAAUUUCAUCCACCUCAAGAGGAGAAUGAAGCCUUUAAAUGCCUUUAAUUGAGUGAUUUUAAUCCAAAGGCCAAAUUUUGAAUGCAUAAGCACAUGUAAUGGGUCUGUUCAUAUAAUUCCCAUUAAAAUAAUUAGGAAUUCACACACAAUCUAGUACAGAAUUUUACUCCCGCAUUUGUUCUCUUCUUGGUGUGUGCAUGGUACUUUCAUUAAGAUAAUACCUGUUUAGUGCAUGUUGUGUGGAAUGUACUUAUAAAUUACUGUAUAUCUACAUUUUGCACAACCUUCCUCUCUUUUCAGCCUUCUGCACACAUAUGGUCUAAUCAUUAGAAAUUAGAGAUAAAAGACUGACUGCAUUUUUUUUUGCAAAUGCAGGAUUACUGGGAGGCAUGUCUUUAAUAUACUUUGAGCAAUACAGACAAGGAUAAAUAAACCAUUUUAUCCAAAAUGUGUAUUGAAGAGUAACUAAACUUUUUUGCUGACAAAAACUGCCAUAAGUUUGUCAACAAAAGAAUUCUCACCCUUUGAAAAGUCUAAAUCUUGUCUCUCUUCAUAUGGAUUAUUCAGCAUUUUCCUUUUGUAUAAAUUCUGAUAACUAUGUUAAAAGGGACACUCAAUUUGAAACAUAUCCAAUUUACAAAAGAAUAGUUUCAGUUAUUACAUCUGCCCCUGAGUUCCCCUGCUAAAUUUUGUGGUUUUACAUUUUCUAAAUUUUAAAUCCUUUUCUGUCUUGCUUUGUGACACCUGUAUAAAAUGAGAAAAACAUGUAACUGUAGGGAAACUGUCUAUACGGUAAGUGCUGUCAAAUGUACAGACUAAAAAUCAAAAAUUAAUUGUUCACCUCUGUAACCUUUCACUAGAGUUUAAGUAUUACUUCUAAAAACAAGUUAAAGAUCAAAUUUUUAAAUUAAAACAUAAAAUCUCCAAUUGAAGUUGGAAUGAUCUAAUUACUGCAGCAGUGUUCUAUGUGAACGUUAACUACAUUCUGUGACCUUGUUAGAGCAAGUUAAAAAUCAAUGAUUAGUCCACAAAACCUAAGACUUUGAGGAUAGUAUGAUAAUAUUACAUAUUGUAGGUAGCACAAAAUAGCAUUGUAUGUACUCUAAAUAGUUGCAACAGUUCUAUAUUGUGUAAUAUUGUAUGUGAUACAGUAAAUAUUCCCUGUCAGUGUAAUUAACAUAUCUUUCUUACUCAGCAAUAAUUUAGGGUUUUGGUUUGUGGUUUUAAAGUUGCCACAACAGCUAAGAAAUGCUGAAGUAGUGUGCCAGUGGAAUUAUCCCAAUGAGUAUCUUGUAAGUAUUCCUCCAAGUGCUUUUAAGAUCCAUACCCUAAUUAGGCAAGACACUUCACUUGACUUUAGUGGGGCUUUGUGUGGGCACCUGGGAUCAGUCUGCUUGGAGAAGUUUGCAGAAUCAGGCCCUUAGUGCAUACUUGAGAUGAGUAUGUAUACUUCCUGAUUUCUUAAACUGUUGGGAGAGUGGGUUAGAAUUUGACCUUUCCAGUGCAUAAAUUCAGAAACAAUUUGUCUUACUUGUAGAUUUAUAUGCUGUAUUUAAGAGAUUACCCAAAAAUCUUCCCUUGCUGGUGAUUUAAACCGUAUCUUGUUACUUUUUAAUGCAGUUAACAUUUGUUUUUGCAUCAUUGCUUCAAGGAUUAUCUUUCCUUUUCAUUACUGUAUGUAAUCCUGUUUUGUGUUGUGUGUACUGAGUCUAUAUUGCCGUGGUUUAUUGAAACAACCAAAUAUAGGUGAUACAAAAUUUACUGUGAUUUAGUUUAGGACUAUUGAAAGAUAAUUUAACAUCUUAAUAUAUAACAAUAUUAAAUAUUGUCAUUAUUUAUUGUGUGUGCGUGCACAUGUGUAUAUAUUUAGGACACUAUCGUUUUAAUUGAAUACGUUUCCUUUGAUAAAAAUAGGUGUCAAGGUAAAUCUUUUGCUGUAACUGUUAA